UAAAAAAGUAAUAGGAACAACAUGUGGAAGGUGUUGCUACUGUUGUUCGCCCUGCUGCUGGUGCAAGCCGGCGCCAAGCUGCAUCGUGUGCCGGUCUAUAGGCAAAAGAAUUUCGUUAAGACUCAUGGCAAUGUUAAGGCCGAGUUGGCGUAUGUGCGAGCCAAAUAUAAUGCGGUAGGAGCUGUUGCCGCAGCAACAGCGACCGGCACAACAGCCGGCAACAACACAGCAACAACAACAGCCAGUCUGCCAAAGGAGCCGCUAGCGAACUCCGUGAAUUUGGAAUAUUAUGGUGUUAUAACAAUUGGCACACCGCCACAGACCUUCAAUGUGCUGUUCGAUACGGGCUCAUCGAAUCUGUGGGUGCCAUCGUUUCAGUGCGUCAGCGAAGCCUGCCAGGAUCAUAUGACCUAUAAUCCAACGGUAUCGACCACCUAUAAAUUCAAUGGCGAGAUGAUAACUAUGAAAUAUGGUAAAGGCGGUGUAUCCGGCUUUCUGGGCAUCGAUGUGAUCAAUGUGAACGGCAUGAGUAUAUCGAAUCAAACGUUUGCCAUUGUCACCUCUGAGCUGGAUAAUGAUUAUGUGGACGUCAGCUUCGAUGGCAUAUUGGGCAUGGGCUAUGAGAGUUUGGCCGUUAAUUAUGUUGUGCCACCAUUUUACAAUAUGGUGACUCAGGGUCUGGUCGCAACUCCCGUAUUCUCGUUCUAUCUGGCACGGAAUGGCACCUCCCAGCAGGGAGGCGAACUGAUCUUUGGCGGCUCCGAUCCAUCGCUCUACAAAGGCAGCAUGGUCUAUACGGAUAUUACUGAACAGAGCUACUGGCAAUUCAAUGUGGCUAAUGCGACACUGAACGGUCAAGUAUUGUGCACCAAUUGCCAGGCUAUUGCCGAUACGGGCACCUCACUUCUAAUGGCACCCUUGGAUGUGUUCAGUCAGAUUAAAAGUGUGCUGGGUAUUGGAUCGGCUGAUAUAUUUGAGUGCACGUCUGUGGCAGCGAUGCCAACUAUGAAAUUUGCCAUUGGUGGCAAGGUCUUCGGUGUGCCCAGCUCGGCGUAUAUCAUUCAAGAGGGUGACACCUGUUCCCUGGGCAUUGGUGGCAUUUCAACAAACUUUUGGAUCUUGGGCGAUGUCUUCCUGGGACAAUAUUAUACGGAAUUCGAUAUGGGCAACAAUCGCAUUGGAUUCGCCUCAGUUAGUGGAUUGCACUAUACGGCGGACGGUGGAGCUUCGAGCUUGAAGCAGUUGCGUAUCCUGGAAUUCGCUGCAUUGUUGGCUGUGCUCUGGAAGGUCUUGGACUAUUUCAAUUAACAGAAUAUUACGUAAUCUAUGUUUAAAUUCGAUUUUUGUUGUUUGUUAAUUAUUAUCGUAAAUCUCUGUGCUGAAUCUAAUAUGCAGUGAUACUGAUCCGAAAUAAAGA